UAUAGCAGUAGUUGAAGGAAUUUAGGAAAGGAAGAAAGCAUUCUUCACAGACACAGGUCAAAUACAAAAGUUCAGAAAGAGAAACCUCUCUCUGUUUCUGUAUUUCUCUUUUGUAGAUCUCUCUUCAGCUUUCUCUGAUCAUCCAUGGGCUGGUGGGAAGCUUUUCUCAAUUGGCUUCGCAGCCUCUUUUUUAUGCAGGAGAUGGAGCUGUCUUUGAUAGGACUCCAGAAUGCUGGAAAGACUUCUCUUGUAAACGUUGUUGCUACUGGUGGAUAUAGUGAAGACAUGAUUCCUACAGUAGGUUUCAACAUGAGAAAAGUAACAAAGGGGAACGUCACGAUAAAGUUAUGGGAUCUUGGUGGUCAACCUAGAUUCCGCAGUAUGUGGGAGCGAUAUUGUCGUGCAGUUUCUGCCAUUGUUUAUGUGGUUGAUGCAGCUGAUCCUGAUAAUUUAAGCAUCUCAAGAAGUGAACUUCAUGAUUUGUUGAGCAAACCAUCUUUGAAUGGUAUCCCUUUGUUAGUGCUAGGGAACAAGAUCGACAAGCCAGGAGCUCUGUCAAAGCAGGCUUUGACGGACCAAAUGGGUUUGAAGUCCAUUACUGACAGAGAAGUUUGCUGCUUCAUGAUCUCUUGCAAGAACUCAACCAACAUAGACUCUGUUAUUGAUUGGCUUGUAAAGCACUCGAAAUCGAAGAGCUAACUUGUUUUGUGUGUGCUGUAAUUUAAGGGUCCAUAGAAGGGCCAUUGGUUCUGAAUUUCACCUAACUUUCGCCUUCAUUGUGUAGUAUUCUUCUUUUCUUCCGAGCUGUGUACUGUAUAUUAGAUUGUACCCUUUCUAAUAAAGUAUGCUAGGGUAUUUAUGGCUCCCUUUCUCUC